AAACAUGAAAAGCAUUAUUAUGAGACCAAUCUGCCUCUCAGGCGGACCGACUGCCACACCAUAUUGUAUAGCCACACUGGGAAAUACUGAACAUGAUUUUUUUGAUGUUUCGCAGAUAAAAAAAAAUAUCCAUCUGGCACCAAAAUGUCUGAUCAGUGCCCUUGGGUGUAUUUGUGUCUGCUGUGCUUUGGUUUCAGUGAGACGAUGGGGCAUGAAGAAAGCCCUCCGAGGCUUACCUCGAAAUAUGGCCAGCUUUUGGGGAGGCGGAUCCGGGUUAAAGACUCAACCCAGACAGUGUUGGCCUACUUGGGGAUCCCCUUUGCUGAGCCCCCUGUUGGAGUACUGAGAUUUUCAGCCCCUCUGCCCCCGACAAAGUGGCAGGGUCUGAGGGACGCCACGGUCUACCCUCCACUGUGCCUUCAGAACAUGAAUGACACCAGACAGAUGACGGACAUGUAUGCUGGUAGAUUCCCUCCUCUGAGGACCUCAGAAGAUUGCCUUUACCUGAAUGUGUACACCCCGGUCAGACCAGGGCAACCCAAGCACCUGCCGGUGAUGGUGUGGAUACACGGAGGAGGGUUUCUCAUGGGUGGGGCAGCGCUGUAUGACGGCUCCUCAUUGGCUGCUUUCGGUGACGUGGUGGUUGUCAUAAUCCAGUACCGUCUGGGCAUACCAGGCUUUCUGAGCAUGGGUGAUGGACAGACCCCUGAGAAUUUGGGGCUGCUGGAUCAGGUCUGUGCUUUGCGCUGGGUCCAGGACACCAUCCACAGCUUUGGGGGAGACCCUGGAUCCGUUACCAUCUUUGGGGAGUCGGCUGGAGGCACCAGUAUCUUUUUGCAUAUGCUGUCGCCUGUGUCCUCCGGACUCUUCCACAGGGCCAUCACUCAGAGUGGGGUAUCCCUGCUCCCUUUGUUUAUGCAAAGUGACACCAAAACAUCAGCCCUGCUAAUAGCCCAGAAAGCUGGCUGUGCCAGUGUUGACUCUGCUGAUAUCAUGCAAUGUUUCAAGAACAAAACCGCACAGGAAAUCGAAGCCAUCACUCCCAGACACGGGGACUUCGUGUUGAGCGUAUCUGCGGAUGGGGUGUUUUUACCCAAAAACACAGAAGAGCACAGAAAAAUGAUCUUCAGAAGUGUCCCGUGGAUUAUAGGGACAAACUCCCAUGAGUUUGGCUGGAUGCUCCCUAAUAUGAUUCUUUUUCCUGGGUGGGACCUUGGAAUGACUCGCCAGGUAAUGGCAAUGACCCUGGCGUUCAUGCUUCAGAAAGUGGCCUUUCCUGAAAAUGCCCAGAAGAUCAUUGAGGAUGAGUACUUUGGGGACACUGAGAAUCCUGCCAAAAUAAGAGACAUCUUCUUGGACCUGAUGGGAGAUUUUGCAUUCAUAAGCCCAGCUGUUCAAGCAGCAAGAAAACAUAGAGAUGCAGGCUCCCCGGUUUUCUUCUACGAGUUCCAGCAGCGCCCCUCCAUGUAUGGGCACAGCAGACCUGACUAUGUGAAAGCAGAUCACUUCGAUGAAGUUGGCUUCGUGCUUGGUGCCCCCUUCUGGACUGAAGAAAUAGUGAUGCUGGAUAACACUACUUGGGAGGAAAGGCAGCUGAGCAAGAUUAUGAUGAAAUACUGGAGCAACUUUGCCAAGACUGGGAAUCCCAAUGGACAGGAACUGCUCGAGUGGCCAGCAUUCACUACAGAUGAACAACACCUACUGCUCAAUUUAACUCGCAAGCUUGGAAACACAAAAGAGAAGAACAAAAUUGAAUUCUGGACUGAGUGUUUACCCAACAGGCUGAAAUCGGGAAGCGACAACAGCAGUCGCGAUGAGCUGUAAAACAGAAAUCACAUUAAACACAGGAGAUAUUUUCCUUUUUAGACAAAUAGUGGAAAACGGUAGUCCGAAUACCUUUUAAUAUUCAUAUACUGUAUGCAAUAUGUAUUAAAAACAUGCUAUUCUUAAAAGCCAAUGCUGUUCAUUUCUGUGCCAUUUUCAAUGUUUUCCCAUUAUGCUUUUAGGCAUUAGGCAUUUGAUGCACUGGCCACUGUUACUGGUUGAUGUUUGAGACUUGGAGUAAUUGUACUUCACUAGCUGUUUUUUUGUUUUUGUUUUCUAUUCAAUUUGGAAUCUUUUGACCACUAUGCUUCUUGCACACAUACAAGAAGCACUGCGGUUGCACUACUCUGAUUCUCUCAGCCAAGAUCCAGUGACCAUUUCGCAUCUUUCAGACUACAUGAUAUUUGCAGGAGAGAGCAUUCACCGGCCAGACGGAAGGUGUGUCCUACACUGGAUGACAACUGUUAGCCUGUGAAUGCUGUUAGGAGGUAAUGUCAGUUGAUUGGAUAUGGUAGCUUUGUGCCAAAACAUAUAAAAAAAUAUCAGAAUUUGGA